CAGGCGGUGGCAACUCAACGGCGGUGGCGGGCGGCGCGAGACGCAAGUGUUGGCAGUCAGCUGUGAGGUGGUGGCGUUGCUGGACUGAUCUCAGUGUGUGAGCGUACGGCGGAAACCUUCAUCAGUCCUAGAGCAAACACAUUGAUUGCAGCGCCGACAAAGGAGUCAUGACACGCGCUUGAGGAACUGAGGGACUGACGACCUACAAUACCCACUAACUUUCUGACGCCGCGGCAGACACCAUGACGGAGAACGGGGGACCAGCGGCGCCUCCUCCUGCCUCUAAAGAAAAUGGGGAAGAGGCUGCCGACGACGGGGACUACAAAGAACUGUACCUGCAGGAAAUAGAGAAGAGAAAGACGGUCAUGAAGCUGGCCCAGAAAGCCGCCCGGGACUACGAUGAGCUCAAGAGGCGGUACUCGGACGUGAGCCAGACUGCGGAGAUGCUCAAGGUCCGCCUGGAGGAGCGUGAGCAUGACCUUCACAACCUACGCAGCGACUCUGACCCUACUGAGGUUUCUACAGUGUCCGAGGCGGUCUAUCACGAGUACGACAACCUGCGGCAGCGCUACAAGGUGGAGGCGGAAUCCAUGGCGCAGGCAUUCAACAGAGCCACUGAGUGGUACCGCGAGAACAAGUCACUCCGCCGGGAAACCAACAACCUGAAGCGGCAAAGCGCCAUCCUGCUGCAGCGAGUAUCUGACGGCUCUCCGGACUUGGAUAUCUCUGUGCUGGCCGGCAUGGAAGAGACGACGGACAAGAAGGAGAUCCAGGACCUACAGCAGCAGCAUGAGAAGGAGGUGGACAACUUGAUGAAUAAGAUUAAAGGGUUGGAAAAUGAGGUGGCCAACCUCACCAUGGAAAUCAGCAAGGCAAAGCAGGAUGAGUUUGAGGCCCAAGAGGAACUCCUGGAGAUGAGGCGUGAGCUUGAGGACGCCAACCAACAAAUAGACACUCUAAAGAAAAGAACUUCUGAACUGGAAGCUGUGGAGCAAAGGAUGGGCCGGGUGUCUGUGCUGGUUCUUGAUGAGGUGGAAGCCCUUCAGGCACAGCUGCGGACUGAGGCUGCUCGGGCCAACACAGCUGCCACAGAAGCUGCCAAGGCACGGGGAGAGAGGGCUGCCCUGGCUCGCCAGAGUGCUGUGGCCAUGUCUGAGUUGAUGGGAGAUGAGAAGCUGUCCAUGGCUAUGCAGGAGGUUGAUUCACUAACAAAGCAGCUUCACAAACAGGAAGAAGAUUACAAACAAAAGAUAAAUAAACUCAAGGCUGAAUUGCUUUCUUAUGAGACUGGUGAGAAAGCUGCAGAACUUGAACUGCUGAGGGAGCGUGUGCAACUAUUGGAGGAGGAGGUGAGAGUGCAGGAGGGCAAGGCAAGUGAAGGACAGUGUGAAGUGGAGACACUGAGGAAAGAAGUUGAGGAGCAGCGGAAACUACUGAAGUCUUUGCAGGAAUCUGCCAGAACACCAGACUCUCCAUCUCAAAGUGUGUGUUCUCCUCAAGACUCCCAGAUGGUUCCAAUACCACCACCUCCACCUAUACCUGGAGCCAAAGCUCCCCCACCACCACCACCACCACCACCACCACCUUUGCCACCACUGCCACCACCACCUCCUCCUCCUCCAUGUGCACCUCCUCCACCCCCACCACCCCUUCCUGCCAACAAUCCUGUUACUGCAUUAGCUACUCUAAUUGGUGUUUCCAAGCAAAACAAAAAAGCGAAGGAGCCGGAAAGUACAGAUGCAGCAGGAAAAGGCUGUGGUAUGGAUGACCUCAUCAAUCAAAUCAAGCAAGGCGGGGUAAAACUAAAAUCUACCAAAUCCCAUAGUGUAGGAAGCAUCAGUAAGAAACCAGACAAUGAUGAGAAAGAGAAACCUCCUGAUGCUGUGCAAGAGAUGAAAAGUAUUUUGGCAACAAUGAAGCGUGGCCGUCAAGGAAGAAUUAAGCCAUCUGAAAUUUCUCAAGGAUCAAAAUUUCGUACAAAGAAUGAAAAGGGAGAGUCUACUUCAUCUAAGGGAAGCAAAACUGAAGUCUCUUGCUUGAGGAAUGAGGACUCAAGUUCUGCAAUGACUAAUGGUAAUCUUCCAUCACAAACAAAAGGGAAUUCUCACAUUACCAACACUACAGAAGACUCUGCUGGCCACAAGAAUACCACUGAAUCACACUCCAAAAAAGUGAUAGAAACAGAUGCAUGCACUGAUACUGUCAAGAUGCGAGAGAAGUGCUCCUCAUCUCGGGAGCCUACCAACUUUAAGGAGACGGACACAACAGCUAGUGCAUCACACACACUCAGGCUCACUAGUCCCAGUGCUGGAGAGAAUGAGUGCUCCAGUCGGGAAGUUACUCCACCUAGGAGAUCAGAGGAGCAGGAGAGCGGCCGUCCCCCAUCUGGGAGGGCCAUCACCACCACCACCAUAUUCUUAUCGGGCCAGAGUCUACCACAGGAUUGAGUAGUUAACCUGCUGUUAACUUCUUAGCUCUGUCUAUAAGCAAAACAAACUGCUCAUGUUACAAGUUCAUGAUUUUAAUGUUUUAAACUGAUUUUAAACAUUAUUUUUACUUCUGUUGUGAAAGUCUCACAGUGUAGGAACUUGACAUCCGUAAUGUGUGUUCUACAUAAGAAAUCAUGGUUAGAAAGAAAAGAUUUAUUGUUAAACUAUUGUCUGUAAUUAGUUGCAUGUAAUAUGUAAAUGUUGAUUACAUGUUGAUUUUAUCAUAUGCUAUAUAUAUUUAACUUUACAACUUAAGCCUCAAUAUAAAACUUGUUGCUCUUAAAACCUUUACUUCUUUUAGGCCAGAAAGUCUGCGAAUAAUCAAUCCUCCUGAAGCACACACUUUGUGGUGGACUUCAAUGACUGACAAAAAGAAUGCUCAAAUAUUCAAUGAGAGAAAUUGUACCCUCCUAGCUUUAGAUAAUCCAUUAUAAAUAUCAACAAUCACUAUAUAUAACAAACUGGAGAAAUUAGUCUAAGGCUCAGAGCAGAAGCAAUUUGUAUACAUGUGCAUACUGCCUAUAGCUAUCUACAUUAUAAAUUGAAAGUGUUGUCAAAAAAUCAUGCAUAGGUAUUUUAUUACAAAAAUAUAUUUAUAAGUCAAUAAAAUAUAUUUUGCUUGUUGACAAAAUCCAAAGUUUUACAUUAAUAGUUGCAAACGGUGUAGCACAUCAGGGAAUGUAGUAAGACUUUUUGUAGUGGUCACAAAUUGGCCGAGAUGUCUGAGGCCUGAUAUAAUAAUCUUGGUAAUGUUAACGAGGUUAAGUGUUCAAAUAUUUUUUGGCUGUGCCUCCAGUAUUUUUAGCCUUCUAUGAAGGUGCCUGUGGGAAAGUAAACCUUACACAAUUGUGGUAUUUAUUUGCCAGGUUGAUAAGGUUUAGCAAAAUAGCAGAUAUAAGUGAAAAUAUUAAAAAAAUAAUUUCACUGU